CCAGCUUUGUUCUCUUCCUCACCAUCCCCUCGACCCUCGAUCGAUAACAAUGCACACCACCUCAAUCUGUGGGAUGCGUACCGCCGUCCUCGGCGGAAGCUUCUCCACCUCAACCUUGAGACCAUUCGCACAUGCCAACAGCAACCUCACGAGACAAUUGUAUCAUGCGAUCCCAUCGGCCCGCACGGCCAGCACAGCGACGGCCAACAAUGCUGCACGCACGCUGAAGACCUCGGUUGCUCGCCCGCAGAAGCCCAUUUCCUCGCUCUCUUCCGCUGCAGCUCCCCGCCGGGCUAAAUCCAACGCCGCCGCCUCGCCUGCCCCCUCCGGACAGCAACUCGUUCGGCUGGACUGGGACUCAUUCUUCAAGCUCCGUGCCAGUCGGCGUCGCUACACCCUGGCCUCGUCGGUCGUGACCUCGGCUUUCACCACGGUCCUGGGAAUGCAGGUCCUCUCGUCGCAGGAUCUGGAGGGCCUGGGCGCCCAGGUGAUGGGCCUGGACCCGUUUGUGGUGCUUGGUAUGGCGACCGCUGCGUGCGGUGCGGCGGGCUGGCUCCUUGGUCCCUUCGUGGGGAACUCGGUCUGGGGACUGAUCUACCGGAGAUACAAGCCUUCUCUUCUACAGAAAGAAAAGCAAUUCUACGAUCGCAUUCGCCGAUUCCGUGUCGACCCUUCGUCCAACUCCAUCGCCAACCCUGUUCCCGACUACUACGGUGAGAAGAUCGGCAGUGUUCAGGGCUACCGGCAAUGGCUGAAGGAUCAGCGAGCGUACAACCGCAAGAGACGCCACUUCAUCGCCUAAAGUUUUAUGAGGUAUAGGUUUCUCUACUUUGCAUGACGGGGUUACCUUUCCAUGAUCGGGCAUUGUGUUUAUUUCUGUUUGGCUUCAUCCUCCGUACGGGACUUUUUGAGUUCUGGUGGAUUUGAUUGUAUGAAUAUUGAGUAUCCGUGAGCGAUUGAAAUGGAUUUCUUCUUUUAC